CCGGUCACUUUUGAAGCCAUCACGGGUCACUGUCCGCCUGUCUAAAGAGGCCAUUAAGGAAGUGUGUGUAUUUUUAGACAUCUGGAAUAAAUUGCUGAAUUUGAGAUGCAUGCUAAGUUCAUAAUUACAAUGUAAAGAGUAAAAGAAACAGAGGCAGGCGAACUAGGAGAGACACAGCGUGAGAAGCACCAAGAGGAUAGACCAUUCAUUUUCACAGACGUGCUUUUAAGGGCGGCAUACAUCGUAUAAUAUGGACAUAGCAAAGCCAGGCCAUAUUGAGAGGACUCUUCGCUACGUAGUUCUUGACGUUCAAAUCUGAUUGCACAACUGCAAGUGGAUUAUUCGGUGAAUGUUGCACGAACAAAAUUUCUCCUUGUUUCAAAGCGAGACACUCAAAGCGAGCUAGAUCUAGUACUAAGUCCAGGUGCCAGUUUCCUUUCAUGUUGAAUGACGUACUGCAUCACCUUGCUGACGAGAUACUAUUGCACGGGAACUCUAAUUGUAUUCAAAGAAUGUCAAUCGAUGUGACUGUCAAAGGCAACAAGAAAACAAUCGUUGGCAUUUAGGGGCAGUUAGUAUCGAAGAACGGAACUUAAAUCAAUCGCGAUCGCGGCCUGGCCAUCGCAAGAAUUUUUGUCGACGGACCAAAAACCAUACUUCUAUCACAUAGUUGUGUACACGGAGCGGAAGCUGUUGCACAAACUGCUUGUACUACAGUGAAAAUUUGGUCAGUAACUUAGAAUGAGCUUAAAGGUCACGGGUACUCCAGAUGGGGAGGCUGGCGUCUAUGGCGGGACCGUUCGAUUGAACGUUGGGGGGUCAAUCCAUGAAGUCAGUUUGCACACUCUCCAGAAUAAAGCGACAGGUCUACUAGCAGAUAAGGAGGAACUGAUGCGCUAUUAUCGGCCUGCAAAGGAAGACUAUUUCUUCGACCGACACCCUGGUAUAUUUUGCGCUAUUCUGAACUUUUACCGCACCGGCGAGCUGCAUGUUCCACUGGACACGUGCGGACCGGCCAUGAAGAACGAGCUGGAGUUCUGGGGAAUAGACGAAAAUGAAGUGGUGGAAUGUUGCUGGGUGAACUACUCGAAUUUUCAAGAACAAAAGGCUUCUCUGGCUAAGUUUGAUUCCUUUUUAGGCAAAGACAUGGAAGUUCAAGAAAAUAGGAAGGCAUCUAAAUGGGAGACAACUAGAAGAAAAGUGUGGAACUACUUAGACAACCCUUCAUCUAGCCUAGGCGCCAAGGUAUAUCUGAGCGUUUCCUUGUUCUUUGUCAUUGUGUCGAUACUCGUGUUUGCCAUGGAUACCCAUGAGGCAUUCCGCAUCAAGCCAGGUGAUCCAGAAUGGGAGAAUUUGCUUUCAAUAUUCCACGUUGAUGACCAAACGUACCAGGAAAUAAUGUAUGAAUACAACGACCUCGCCAAUAAAACCUCAGCAGCGAAUGCAAACGAAUCAUAUAGCCUUCUUCAUCCGGCUAUGGAAAUAAUAAACGUGAUAUGUGCAUGCUUUUUCACAUUUGAAUUGGUGAUGCGGUUUAUAUUUUGUCCACGAAAAUGUCGUUUCUUUCUGGAACCACUGACUAUUAUCGAUCUAAUAGCUGUGGUGCCGUUUUACAUAGAACUGAUAAUGAACAUUUCUAACCCCAAAGAAUUAUUCACGCACUCUGUUCUGGACUUCAUCCACAUCCUUCAAAUUGCCCGCGUUUUUCGUAUCUUCCGAUUGGCCAAGUCUUAUGUUGGAAUGAAAGUGAUUCUGUACUCGCUGAAGGAGAGUCUUGCAGAGAUAGCCCUCACACUCGUCAUUCUCUGUAUCAGCAUGUUAAUUUUUUCAUCGCUGAUGUUCUUUGCAGACAACAUCAACAACCCUGCUUGCCAGUACCCGGAUAUUCCGACAACGCUCUGGUGGUCAAUCAUCACCUUGACCACUGUAGGUUACGGCGAUUUCUAUCCGACUUCAGGGCCUGGUUACGUCGUCGGUGCCAUAGCAGCGUUCUGUGGCGUUCUUUUGCUGGCUCUGACAAUCCCGAUCAUCGUCAGCAAUUUCUUUCUGUAUUAUUCUCACUCUAGAGUGAGACCUAAGAAACAUAAGAAGGACAAACUCGAAGAGUGCGAUUCACGUCAUGGCAGUGUUGAAACACUUUCAAGACAAACCCCACAAAAUAACAAUGGGCAAAGACCCAGUAUAACCAAAGUAACUCCUUGCGAAAGCUAGGAAGUUUGCGUAUAUGAAUCAGAAGGAAGCAAGGAAUCUUUUAUCUGUAAAGUUUUGGUUACUGAAGCUUUCAAACGUCGCUUAUUUUACGAAAAACGUUCCCAACGCCAAUUUGAACAAAACUACUGGUACGGCGAGAACAUAACCCUAUUGUGUCAGCGUGGUAAUGAGGAUACCCAAGUCAUAUUCAGUUGAAUAAGACAAAGAUAUGACUUUUAUUCCUAUUAACUUAAAGAAUAAUGAGCAAGAUGAAGCAUGAACUGGUUUCCACAAGUAACAGCGCAAACACUACGCAUAAUACAGCUGGCAUCUAUAUGUGUGUUGUAACAUCGCUAACUUUUGAAAUUGUCAUAUAUGAGUGCAUGACUGUCGCAUUGAAUGUUAAUACAAUGAAGAUGACUUCCUAGCACUCUGGGAUGAUAUUAAUAUUCAUUAACACUAAACAGGUUUUGAUUACUUUUCCGAUAAUCCUGUUAUGCCAUUGUUUUCAUUUUGGUUCAAUUAAGAAACACAAUCAGACAGUUAUUCUGGAUCGGCUUUCAUGUCUGCCCGUAUGAAAUCCAUUGCCCUUUCUAGUCAUUAUGAGCCUCUCCAUGCGCUGAAAUGUUACAAUCAUGGUAUAUCUAGUUAUGCCAUAUGUUGCUAACCGAUCACAAAAUUAAGAAUAUUUCAAUACAGUAUUUAAGUGUCUUUUAGAAGCAUUCACAUAAAAUACUCAUCUUUUAUUUUACAUUUAUCAUUUAAUAUACGUUGUGUCGCCUCCAAACGCGUUAUCUGGAACUUUUGAAUUUGGCUUUUCCGGACAGAAAGUCCUUAUCAUUUCAUUUGUUAUGAGACAGAGCAUCUCUUUUAAAAUUAUCUCUACUUGAGUUCAAAUUUUUAAACAUGGCACAUUUGAGUAAUUUAUAUAGCAAAACUACCUUUAUUUUAUUUGCUCUAGGUUGUGUGAAAAGCAUAUUAGAUCUUAAACUAUUACUAAAUAACUGCAUCACUGAUCUUUACAUUACUGAAAUACAAACCAUGCCUUUUGUGGCCACUUUCUACUCUUUAUUCAGACGCCCAAUAUCUUUUAAAAGUAAAUCAUUAAAACAAUGAGCAAACAGAAACAAAACAUUCAAUUACACCAAAAAUGAUGAAGAAUGGAAUAACUGUAACGUCUGCCAUGCAUAUGGCGAACGUGGCACAGGUACAGGUUUUUCAAUAGCAAGCGUAUAGUUGUGAUCAAAUAAAGAAAACAAUUGUCAUGAUUGAGUGAACUGUGUAGAAUAUAAUUUACUCAAAUGUGCCCAGAUUUAUUAAAAUGUAACUUUACUUUAAUCGUUUCAAUAAAAUAAAUUUUGUACUCACUAUUUUGCAAUUCAA